UUUUUAUUUUUAUCAGUACUACCACUACUGGAGAUCGAUCGAUUGAGGGAGGGAGUUAGGGUUUUGGGAGUCUCCCAUUUCUGUUUCAUCUUCAAUCUGACGAAAUCUCCUGUUGACACCCAAGCCUGUACAAAUUGAAGUUUGUUUAAUUCAAUUUUAAGCAAAGGUCGUCAUGCAAGGUUUUCCUGGUGAAAAUGAACAUGCUCUGUCAGUUGUUGGUUCAAAGCCAAUGGAAUGGUCUACUGUGCCAUACAAUGCUCCUCGUGCUCCUGGGCCAAAUGGAAAGCAGCGGACCUCAAGUUUGGAAUCUCCAAUCAUGUUGCUGACCGGGCACCAGAGUGCUGUAUACACCAUGAAGUUCAAUCCAACAGGAUCAGUUGUUGCAUCUGGAUCGCAUGACAAAGAAAUUUUCCUUUGGAAUGUGCAUGGGGAUUGCAAGAAUUUUAUGGUUCUAAAAGGUCACAAGAAUGCUGUUUUAGAUCUUCACUGGACUUCAGAUGGGACACAGAUUAUCUCUGCCAGCCCGGAUAAAACACUCAGGUUAUGGGAUACAGAAACAGGAAAACAAAUCAAAAAGAUGGUAGAGCAUCUUUCGUAUGUCAACAGUUGCUGUCCAACCCGGAGGGGGCCACCUCUUGUUGUCAGUGGCUCUGAUGAUGGAACAGCAAAAUUAUGGGAUAUGCGUCAAAGGGGCUCCAUCCAAACAUUUCCUGAUAAAUACCAGAUUACUGCUGUCAGCUUCUCUGAUGCCUCAGAUAAGAUCUACACUGGUGGUAUUGAUAAUGAUGUCAAGAUAUGGGAUUUGCGUAAAGGUGAGGUUACCAUGACACUUCAAGGUCAUCAAGAUAUGAUUACAAGUAUGCAAUUGAGUCCUGAUGGUUCCUACCUUCUUACCAACGGCAUGGAUUGCAAGCUUUGCAUUUGGGAUAUGCGCCCAUAUGCUCCACAAAAUCGAUGUGUGAAGAUUUUGGAAGGGCAUCAACACAACUUUGAGAAGAAUUUGUUGAAAUGUGGCUGGUCACCUGAUGGAAGCAAGGUCACAGCUGGGAGUUCUGAUCGAAUGGUUUACAUCUGGGAUACCACUUCUCGAAGAAUAUUGUAUAAGCUACCUGGGCACAAUGGAUCUGUUAAUGAGUGUGUUUUCCAUCCCAAUGAACCUAUUGUUGGAUCUUGUAGCAGUGACAAGCAGAUUUAUCUUGGGGAGAUAUGAAGCACGGCAUUUAGAAACUAGCAAAAUGUAAUAGCAUGUUGGUACUUUUCACAAUCAUUAGGGAGUGUAGACCUAAGAAAACUUCUGUUCAUGAAUGCAUUCAUAACAUCAACUAUAUCCCUUGCUCAUUCUAGGCCAAGCUCUUCCCUUCUUAAAAUACUUUAAAUUGGAGAAUGUGGAUUCCUACACUGUAAUAUUCUGGCGGAAACGUUUGUCACCUACUUUUGUUGCUAAUUAAUGUUUUUCGGAAUUUACAUUGUCCAC